CUUUUGAACUUUCAAAACCUCAAAACUUUCUCUUGGUUCCAUUUUCUUUUCUCAAUAACCAGACAAGUUUUCUCCUGUUUUUGCUAGUUCUGUAAAUAUUGCAAGAAGAACAAGGUUAAUAUAUUGGAUAUAAGUAAGCAUGGAAGAGAGAAAGAUUGGCUUUGAGGAUUCAGGAGCAAAGGAGAAGGGAUGUGAUCAAAACAAGAUGAAUCACUUAGGAAUGAUUGUCAAAGCUGAAAUACGGAAGAAACUGAGCAUUUUUGGAGAGUUUAAGCCUGAGAAAUUAAUAGGGCUUUAUCAUGGAGAGAUGAUGAAGGGUGAUGAUCUGAAUGCGUUGGUGAUCACUAAGUCCAAUUCAUCUCAGUUCAAGGUAUGGGCGCUUAGAGUCUCAUAUCUUUUGCUGCUUUGGACCAUUAUGGCAGUUUACUGUAAAGGCAUUGGAGAUGAGUUCAAACCCACCUUCUUCAACACUGAUCACUCUGCAAUUUCACAUUCUUUCCCCCCUCAAAGGAUUUAUGAGAAUAAUGGGUAUCUAAUGGUUUCUUCUAAUGGAGGACUCAAUCAAAUGAGAGCUGGAAUCUGUGACAUGGUUGCCAUAGCCAGAUAUUUGAAUGUGACCUUUAUAGUUCCUGAACUGGAUAAUACGUCCUUCUGGAAUGACCACAGCCAAUUCCAAGAUAUAUUUGAUGUGGAUUAUUUCAUAAAUUCACUGAGAGACGAAGUUCAGAUACUGAAAGAGCUGCCUCCCCAAAUGAAGCAAAAGAUUGAAACAGAAUCCCUCUAUUCAAUGCCACCCAUUAGUUGGUCUAACAUAACUUAUUACUCUCAAGUGAUUCUUCCUCGCAUUAAGACAUAUGGAGUGGUGCACUUCACAAAAACAGACGCAAGGCUAGCAAACAAUGGGAUUCCUGAUGAAGUGCAGAGACUAAGGUGCAGAGUGAACUACCAAGCUCUGAGAUUUACUCCUCCAAUUGAGCAAUUAGCUAAGAAGAUUGUUAGAAUUCUUAAGGAAAGAGGACCUUUCUUGUCUCUUCAUCUCAGAUAUGAAAUGGAUAUGAUUGCUUUCUCUGGUUGCAAUGAAGGCUGCAACCAGCAAGAGAUUGAUGAGUUGACACGAAUGAGGUAUGCUUUUCCAUGGUGGAAAGAGAAAGAGAUAAACUCAGAGAAGAAAAGGAGAGAUGGGCUGUGCCCUUUAACACCAGAAGAAACCACUCUAACUCUUCAAGCAUUUGGCAUUGAUCCAAACAUUCAAGUUUACAUUGCAGCUGGGGAUAUAUACAAAUCUGAAAGAAGAAUGGAAACCCUCAAAAACGCUUUUCCAAAUUUGGUUAAAAAGGAGACAAUAUUGGAUGCAUCAGAACUUGAACCUUUCCAAAAUCACUCAAACCAGAUGGCAGCAUUGGAUUACUAUGUCACCAUAGAAAGUGACAUUUUUGUUCCCUCUUUCAAUGGCCACAUGGCAGAACUUGUUGAAGGCCACAGAAGGUACUUGGGAUUCCGGAAAACAAUAAUUUUGGACAGAAAAGUUCUGGUAGAGCUGAUAGACCUGUACAAAAAUGGGACAUUGAAGUGGGAACAAUUCUCAAGUUUGGUGAAGGCAACUCAUGCAGAUCAUGUAGGGAAGCCUACUACAAGAAAACUGGUUCCUGGGAAACCCAAGCUUGAGGACUACUUCUAUACUAAUCCACAGGAGUGUUUGCCACCACUUUAAGCUCAAGAUUUUAGAUUUUUGUGUUUCAUUCAGUGUCCUUUUGUGGCGGAGAGAGGAACAAGCUGAUUCAAAGAUGCAUUGCAUGCAAGAGAUUUUUUAUCUGUAAUUUUCAUUUAGAUUAGUCUUUUUCUGUGAAUGUAAUAUAUGUUAUAACUUUGCAAAGGCCAACUUGAAAUUGUCCAUGCAAUGAAAUUAAUCAUUUUUGGGUAUAGAAAUGUAUUGCUUCUCCUGUCAAUGCUAAAAAAAUGAACUUUUUUUGUUU